GAAGAGGUGCCGAAAACUAAGGAGAAGAUAAUUCUUUUUAUCGAUGAAGCCUCUGCUCUACUCUCUAAAAAGGAGGAUCAAGUGGCUGUUACUAAAAAUCAGGCGUUUAGAGCAAUUCGGCGUGCCCUACUCCAAUAUAAGGAUUACGUUACCGGUCUCUUGACAGAUACGAAUUCCUCAGUUGCCAACUUGGCACCUCAACUUGAGCAUGAUCCUUCAGCAAGGGAAUCUAACCGUAAAGUCCAUAAACCAUUUAUCUACUUGGCCACGAUGGAUUGCCUAAAUGCCGAUAUUUCACUCGAUGAGAACGGUUCGGGUCAUGAUAUUGUCCGGUUUGGCAGACCGUUAUGGGGUUCUCGGUGGCAAUCAGCUGAGUCCUAUGUGACAGAUCAAAACAAAUUUGGAGAUACUAUACUAUUUGCUAAAUUUAAGCUUCUUGGGGGAACGAAUCAAUGGAACCAGAACAUUGAGAUGAAAAGAAAAGCAGCGCUUGCCAUAAUUGCUUGCAUUGCCACUUUAUAUAUAUCCCCAAUCUCAAGCGUGGCCCCCGAUCUC